GUGAGCAGGCGCACACCGUGUAACGUGCCAGUGGUUCGCAACUCGUCGUGUCGUGCGCUCCGCUUCACGGGCAAAUCCCAUACGAACUCCGAACGCAUUCACGAUUCUAUAUAAACCAAUAAUUCGAAUUUUAACAAACACUUUCGUUAGUACCGUAAACACGUGUUUUAGUUUCUCACUAUCGACUGUUCCGAGUGAAUAAUUUAGUAACCGGGGCGUCGCGAAAUUUUCACUUUUAAGGAUCGUCUCUGUCUACUGGAUGAGUGACAAUAUGCAACUCUAAGCCAAGUACUUUAUAAUGAUAGUCUAUAAGAAGAACAGUGCAAAAUCAAUAUUAGUUUUGUAUCGAAAGCACGAGAAAGCGCGCUGCCCAUAGACAAUUAUUGAAGAAAGGCGAUAUGCCAAAUUCGUAGCAUUUUAAAGGCAGCAUUGGUACAUAACGAUGCGUACUAGUGACUGUGUACUCAGAAAGAUGGAUAUACGAAGAUCAUUAUUCAAGCGAUUACUUUUCCAAAUGUUAAUUGUCUGUUGUACGGCGAAAAAUAUACCUGAAGACAUGCUGAGAGCACAAGUCGUGGGUGACGUAGAAGACAGUAUUCAGAAUAGCAUAAGAAACCUCAUACACUCCGGUAUCUACUCCCACAAACACCUGGAUACAUCAGCUGUGGAGGUGGUGACCCCGGUAAAGGUGAGCCGGGAUGGUGAGCUGGUCUCCCAUAUCCUUGAUCACUCACAUGCACACGGGCACGCUCGCGCACGACGCGACCUCCAGGGCUUAGACCAUAACCUACCACAUGCGGUGCAUUACAACCUUACACUUGGUGGACGGGAACUGAGGCUGGACCUUAGGCCGUCAGUAGCAUUUAUCACACCAGCUAUGAUCGUGGAGCGGCAUAGCACGCACGGGCGCAUAAGAUCGCCGCCAAACGAAUUGUCUACCUCCUGCCACUACACAGGCUCCAUACGGGGACAACCUUCCUCGAAGAUCGCUAUCUCUGCUUGCGAUGGACUUGCUGGUCAUUUGCGAACUGAACAAGGAGAAUAUUGGAUCGAACCAUCAAAUCAAAUUCCCACCGAUAGCUCUAAGGGACGUCCCCAUAUUAUCUUUAAGAGAUCAGCCGUUGACAAAGUUGAAUCAUUUUAUAGAAAAAAGAGAGAAGCUGGUGGUAAAAGUUUUAGUAAUAAUGUGAGACAACAUUAUGAAAAUAAAAGAUACUCUAACCCAAAACGAAGCCACAAAGAGGCUAUGGACGCACGACGAAGAGCUUACUUAGAAGAUAGACGGCGAAAAUUGGAGGCGUUGCGACGAGACCCUUUGGCGUAUAGAAGACAGCAAGCUAGAAAAGCGGAACAAAGAAGACUACAUCCCCUCUCCAAGAGCAUAUCUGCUGAAGAUAGUAUGUCAAGAGAACUUUACAAGAGCAAAACCCAUAACAAACAGAGAAUUGAACAAACGCCGCGAAGGAUUCGUACAAGACGACGUAGACGAAGAUCAAAAAAUUGUGCAACAAAGCAACCUCGGUAUCAAUGGGAAAUCAAAAAUGAGCGAAGUGGCAAGCAUGAAGGAUCCAAAAACUCAAGGUCUAGCAAGAAACAUCAUACCACCCACCAUCAAUCACGUAAUCGAUGGAGUUUAAACCAAACCAGGCGGAAAACAAGGUCUGUUAGCAAACCACGGCACGUAGAGGUUCUACUAGUAGGCGACAAUUCCAUGAGUGAUUUUCACGAGCAGGGAAGCUUGGAAACGUAUCUCCUUACUAUAAUGAAUAUGGUAUCCUCUCUAUACAUGGAUCCAUCAAUCGGCAACUACAUAAAGGUUGUUGUUGUUAGAAUUAUACUCUUAAAAGAACUGCAAGCUGCACCAGACUUGGAAGUAACAACAAACGCUGAUUCCACACUCAAUUCGUUCUGCCGUUGGCAACAUCAAACCAACACAAAUGAUGAUAAAGACCCUAAUCACCACGAUGUUGCUAUUUUGGUGACUAGACAAGACAUAUGCAGUCAACAUGAUUCACCUUGUAGCACUCUUGGCGUGGCCCAUGUGGCGGGCAUGUGCAAACCAGACCGGAGCUGUUCUGUCAACGAAGACAACGGCAUAAUGCUCGCUCACACUAUCACACACGAGUUGGGACAUAAUUUUGGUUUAUACCACGAUACUGAAAAAAUAGGCUGUCACCGACGUGAAGGCUCCACAUUGCAUAUAAUGACACCUAUAUUCGAAGCUGACACCGUGCAAGUGGCCUGGUCAAGAUGCAGCAAACGAGAUGUUACCAACUUUUUAGACGCUGGACUGGGUGAGUGCCUAAGUGACAGACCAACAGAUGAAGAACCCUACGUCUAUCCAGAGGUCCCAGCGGGAGUCAUGUUUGAUGCUGCAUCCCAGUGCCAUUUACAAUUCGGUGCAGAGGCAGUUGUUUGUGCGAGGCCCUCGGAACUUUGUGAACAUCUGUGGUGUCUUGUGAAUAACACGUGCAAGACAAUGUUGCGGCCAGCCGCACCCGGUACUCCAUGUGGAGAAAAUAUGUGGUGUCAAAACCAAACGUGUGUGGCGCAAACACCAUCUCCUGCCCCCCGAGAUGGUGGCUGGGGCCCGUGGAGUGAUUGGAGCGAGUGUUCACGCACUUGCGGCGCUGGUGUCUCCACCCAAUACAGAGAGUGUAAUAAUCCCGAGCCAUACAACAAUGGGCACUACUGUAUCGGUGAUCGAAGUCGGUACAAAGUGUGUAACACAGAUCCAUGCCCGUUGAAUGAGCCCUCGUUUAGGGAGGUGCAAUGCGCGAGAUACAACAAUACGACAUACAAUAAUGAAACCAUCUCAAAAUGGAUACCAUAUAUCGACCAAGAUAAGCCGUGCGAUCUUCAGUGCGUACCUUGGGACAGAAAUGACGUGGAGAUGGUGGGUGGGUUUGUUAUUGACGGGACGCCGUGUCGCCAAUCUAUUGGAUCUAGAGACAUGUGUAUAUCUGGUGUCUGUUACAAAGUUGGUUGCGACUGGAUAGUUGACUCUGAUGUGGAAGAAGACGAGUGCGGUGUUUGUGGAGGAGAUGGGUCCGCUUGUAAGACCGUACAAGGUAUCUACAAUAAGGACACUGUAAGGCGAACUGGAUUUAGUGAGGUGGCUGUUAUUCCGGCCGGAUCGAGAAAUGUAAAAAUACAAGAGAAAGUCAGCCCUGGAAAUUUUAUUUCGAUUGCCAGUGCGAAAUCCAGUAAAAUAUACUUGAAUGGAGCUCGAAAUACUACACUGACGGAGUAUUUCGUUGCGGGCGCCCCAGCGGUAUACGAGCGAGAUCGUGACUGGGAAAAAGUACGAAUAAGUGGUCCCUUGGCCGAAGAUAUUAAAGUUUAUCAACGUAUAUUCCGCGGACGUCAUCGUAAUCCCGGCGUGACCUACCAAUAUGUCGUGGAUCAGCCCAAACGAAAAUUCCAGUACCGUCUCUCUGACUGGACCGCUUGUUCCGUCACUUGUGGAGUUGGGCGCAUGCACAGGCAUUACCAAUGCUUCGAUGACCAUAAUCGACAAGUGGAUUUAUCCCAGUGCUACCACAUCGAACAGCCGCGUCAUGAAGCGCUAAUGCAGCAGUGCAGACAGACAGACUGCACGCACUGGUGGGUCGGACCUUGGAAAACAUGUCAGCCAUGUCAUAUGCCGGGUGAGGAGGCCACCAAGCAAAGAAACGUACACUGCGUGAACAAAGUAUCGAAUAACGUCGUAAGUGAUUCCGAAUGCGACCCCACAACAAAGCCGAUACAUUCAAUACGCUGUGCAGACGUGCCAGCUUGUUAAUGGAAAGAAGCUCCAUUUCUGAAGAAACCCCCGGCACAUAUAUAACAAAGCGAAUACGCGAUAAAAUCUUUUGCGAUACAAUUGGUGUGGUUUGAAAACCAAAUACGAAUUUGGUAUGGUCAAACUGAUGCCAUAAGAAUUACCUCGAGUAUGAGAGCUGAAAAGGAUUUGUGAAAAGUUCAAACGGAACGCAAGUAAUUAACGUUUUGUGUAGUGAAUGUGAGGGUGACUGUGCCUCGGUAAUUGUGUUAUAAAGUAACCCAACGAAUAUAGACGUAUGUACUCGAAUAAGACCACUCUGUGGUGAAUCUCGCAGAAUAAGUACAUUAACAAUUUUACAAUUACCACUACUGCCAUAUUAUUUAAGUUUAACAUAGUCUUCCUAGAUAUAUAACUAUAAAUAUAACAGUAUUAAAAUGAUGUACGUAUUUUUACCGUAACGUGAAAUAAGAAGCUUAAAAAUUUUGGACCAAAUAUAGUAAUCAAAUUCACGUUGCCAUAAUUCACGGUUACUGCCACUAUGACACUUGUAUCGUUAAGUAAAUUAAGAUAACCCUAGCUGUGUCGUCUAUGAAGAAUUAGUAUUUUUAUACAGAUUUUUAGCUAUUUGUAUUUAUUGUAUUUAAUACUAGUCAUACUUCAACUUGUACUAUUUCAUAUUAACGCUUAAUAAUUAUAAUUUUGUACGUAAAUAGUACGCUAUGUAGAUUAACGUUUAAGUAUGAACAAAUCAUUGAUAGGUAUAAAUUGAAACGUGCCUUUGUGGAUACAAAUGUAGCCAAAAUAUUUAUUUUAUUUCGCUUUGUUUUUCCCGUGAGCAUGAAGUAUGUAAAAUGACAUUUGGUCGUGAAGCGACUAAUAUCAAAUUGUCACCUACUUUGACAUUAGCAUCACGGCUCCACGGGAAUAUGCCGUCGUCUAUGGUCUUAGAUUUAACUGACUACGCAUAAUUAAUAAUUAAAAUAUUUUUUAUUUAUCUUUAUACCUAGGUAUAAUAUUAUAAAUAAGUCACCGGAUGUUUCAGUUCUAAGAAUCGUCUCGGGGCAAGUCACGUCAAUUAAUACACAAUUUUAAUAUUCAAUAAUCUGAAACUAACCUUAGAUUGAUAUAGUUAUUUACAAAAAUAUCACACGACGCAUUAAAUAAUUACAAUUGUGUAUUUAAUAGAUAUGGCAAUAAAAUGCAUUGAUUUAU